AUGGCUGGGUUUCCUCCGAGGCAUCCUGGAUUUGGGAAUUCUGGGAAGUGUUUUCUGAUUGAGAACCUGCUGCGUGCACCUGCGCCAGGUGUCUGUCUCAAGAGAUGCUCCCCGGCUCUGCUUUACGUUUCUCAGGAACGGGCUCAGACCCCGUCAGUUAUUAUGACCAGUGUUUCUCUGCCCUGCUGCUCUGGACCUGGAGCUGUGAUGUUGUCUGCUCCUCGGUUCCCUAAGGGCGUGGGGUCUGUGCUGUGGAGUCCAGCGCUGAGCUCCAGGUCGCGGCCGGGAAUCCUGCGGAGGGCCGUGUUCUCUGAGGAACAGAGACGAGAGCUGGAGAGAACCUUCCACAAGCAGAAAUACAUCAGCAAGACCGACCGCAACAGACUGGCCACCGACCUCUGUCUGAAAGAGACACAGGUGAAGAUCUGGUUCCAGAACCGCAGGAUGAAGUGGAGGAACUCCAGAGAGAAGGAGAGCACGUACACGCGACCGCCGAUGGAGAGACUCAUGCUCUGGAGUGAAUCUGAACCAGCAGACAAAACACACACGUCAGCGCAGACCAAACACUCUCACACACACUCACCGGUGCACAGCACAAACACUGAGACCAGAUGA